CAUCAAACACUUUUCCUUCAGCCUUGGAGAAGUUUCAGUUAGCUCUUCGAGGGCGUCUUGCUUUCAUUGUUUUUCUUCUUUUUAUUUAUUUUUUGUGCAAGUUUCUUACAGAAUUUUCUCCUCAAUUGUUUUAACGUCUUCAUUUUCCUUACCCAUCCCGUGGCUCCACUCGAAGCAAACGUCAAAACUGCUCUGAAUCAGUAGCUUUGAAUUUAGAAAGUUUGUUUAAGGACUGUGAGACUGUGUAUAUUGAAGAGAAUGCUGAGCUACAAUCAAAAAUAUCUGCAGAUUCCAACUCCUUCUGAACAUAAUUGGAUUGAAGAUCACGCAGAUGACUACUACCUGAAGGAUCCGGAUCAGAGGCUCGAUGAGUUGCCCCAACCAUUCAGAAUGAUUGAUAAAUUAAUUGGACACAUCAUAGACAAUGCUUGGGACAACAUUGAGAAAAGAGAAGCAGAAAGAGAAGCUGAAAAAUUAAAGAUAAAACCACCUACUCAUGAAACUUCAAAGGAAAUUCAGCUUCCUGGCAAUUUAAACUGUUUUGCAAACAUUGUGGAUGGAAACGAUAUCUUUGCUGGCAUGUCUGAAGGUGUGGUGGUUCUGAACCAGGAGGAUCACACUAUUAGAUCUGUUUGGAGGAUGGAAGGUGUGGACAUUGUUGCUCUUCAAGUAAGGCAUGUUGGAGGCCAGCUGUACCUGCUUGCUGCUCUAGAUGACAUGGGUGUUGCACGUCUUCUUUUUUCUUAUGGAGAUAUUACUUCCUUGAUAAAAGUCUUCAAUGCAUUUGACAACGUAACUGAAAAAAUCACUUGUAGUAAAUUUGAGAUAUCGGAAGGUGGAGAUUAUGCUGCUUUGACUCUUGAAGGAAAGGGUGAAACCUGGCUGGAGGUGCAUCGACUGCAGAAGGAUAAUUGGGCUCAAGAACUGGAUCAGUUUGAAAAGCUCAUGACACUUAAUGAGCAAACAGGAAAACGUUCCUUGCAGACAAGCUCUGUGCCUGUUUCGCAGACCCAGCAAGAACCCACACUUGCUAAUAAGCAAAUUAGUCAACCAAGUAUACAAGAUAUUAAACUGACACCUACCAUUCUGGUGAUGAAACAAAGAUACAAGCAGAUUGCAGAUCAUCUGUGGAAAAAUCCAUUUGAUGCCCUUCAGAAGCUUGAUGAUGCCAACAUAAUUGGUACAGGACAAAAUCACGUCAUUUCUCCUCAGCAAUGGAGUGAGGAAAAGAAAAUAUUUGAAGAAAUGUAUCAGUUGUAUCUUUCCAAAGACACCACAGAACAGAGUGAAGAAAAGCAAAGUCAAGCAACAUUUCAUUUUAUUAACCUCGGACGAAUUCUUCCAGUGGGCCUGGAGCAGAAAACUCAAACUGGAAUUCCCAAUGCCUUAUGUUUGUGGUGGAAUGGCAGCCACAUUCUGUUCCAUUAUGUACUGAAAAUACCUGUAGGGAAAGAAAAGAUAGAACUGGAACCAAAAGCUGACAUUGUCUGGCCCAAUGCUUCUGCAAUCACUUGUUCUGCUGUGAAAAUGUGUGCAUCUCUCUUGGUGAUUGCCCUUGCAGAUGGGACAGUCACAAUCUGGGAUCUGUAUUUAGGCAUUCCAAUAUCAGUCUUAUCAGUUUCAACAGACAGUAUCAUUCAGACUCUGCACUUCCUAGAGUCCGACUUUUGUGUUCCUUUUGGAUUAUCUGAUGAAUACAAAAAAGUUCAAAUAUUGGUAACUUGCAAAAGUGGUGAGGCUUACCUUGCAACAGCGACUAAACAUGCAGAAGGCAGCAUCUUCACAUUGAGAGAAAGGGAUGAAGAGCCAGGAAAUGCCAUUAGUGGAGUAGCACUUGUACCAACAUUGUCAAAGUUUCUACUCAUCUUUACAACGGGCACAAUAGCUUUGUUUGACUUCACUGGUGAGGAUGUUUUGUGCCACUUCAUUUUGCCUUUCCCAUACGUAAUAGCAUCACCAUGGGAGCCAGUGUUUGCUUUUGACAGAGAUGGCAUGUUCCUCUUCAUUAAAGGAGAUAAAAAGAUGGGUGUAGACUCCCCCAAUGGGAAUGAAAACAGAAACUCGUUAUUUGCCUUCUCCUUGCUCUUCCUUUUCUCAGUAGACAGUUGUACAAAGGAAAAAGAGCUCUUACAGCCUUCUUCACAGAAUACUUGGGAAGUAAGAUGUGAACAUUUUCUGCAGGAAAGAUUGAAUUCUCUGAAGAGCAGAAAUGAAGAAAUGACAAAGUGUUGGAAUCAGCUUCGGCACCAUGCCAUAAUAGUCAAUGAAAGAAAAGAGGCUAAAUAAAAAUGACACGUUCAGUACAACAGGAAGAACGUCACAGAGAUUGGGAUAUAACAGUGAAGGAUUUCUCAUUCUGUUGUGUUUGCUGAAUGGUUUCUAAAGUGAAGCUGUCGGAAUUUAAAUGUCAAUCCAAAGCAACUGAAACUGGAAGUUAUACAGACUGUAGAAGGAUUGGGGAAACAGUUAACCUUGUGUUGCUCCUCUGCAACUCUAUAUACUGAUGCAUCAAAAUGCCGAACGUCUAGACAACAGGAAAAUUUGCAUCAAUUGCAUCAUUUUGAAAUAGUGGGAAUAAUUGUGCAAGGUUUAUUGCUGACACUGAGGGUCACUUGAAUCCUAUGUGUAACUGUCCAUUCGUCUAGGGAUGUUUUCCACUGGCAACAGAGUUUUGCAACUGUCUCUUUUUAAUAAAUUGUAAUCCUGAA